AUGCCAUUGUGUGGAUCAAACGACAAUGUGGGGUUUCCGGGAAAUGCACGGGAAACGAUCGUACGUCUGCACGACAGCGGAACGGACAACAUCGCCUACGACACGAACUAUCAAAGACCAUCGGCGGCACGGCUGAAGACGUAUGUCAAACAUAUCAACUUUGGAGCGGCGGGACCUCGCCUGACCACGCACGUGCUAGAUACAGCACGUGGUACUCCUGCUGGUGGCGUACCUGUGAUUCUGUCCCUUCGAAACUCUAAAGGCGUUUUUGAGGAACUUGAACAAGGACGUACGGACAACGACGGUCGGUGCGAGUUUCUCAAGGGGGGUAACCUACAACCGGAAGUGUACAGGUUCUACUUUGAUACAGACCUUUACUUCCGGAAGCAAAAUGCCACCGGUUUCUUCCCUUAUGUUGAGGUCGUGUUCCGCGUGAAAGCGGGCCAAGACAACCACUACCACGUGCCGCUGUUGCUGUCUCCACACGGCUACACCACAUAUCAUGGCAGCUGACAGUCCAUCCGUCCACCAACAAUAAGAUAGUUAGUUUAUAUUAGUACGUCCGGGAAUAACACUUAGUGUGGUUUAUUAUGUAUAAACCAAGACAUUCGGAUGUGUUUUGACUUUUUAGACCACGAAUAAAGUGUUGCCAGAUAGUGUCUGAAUGUAUGCAUGUCAAGGUCAUAAAACAAUUCGUCGAAAUAUAUGUCAGGCUAUGCUGUUAAUUAAAUCCCUUGAAUUGUUUUUUUUCCUGAAUGGUAAUAUAUUCAGUUGUGAAAGUAGUAAAAUUAUACAUGAUAAACUCAAUAAUUAUUUGGAAAAUUUUCCUUAGAUGUAAUUUAUUCCAUUGUGAAAGUAGUAAAAUUAUACAUGAUAAACUCAAUAAUUAUUUGGAAAAUGUUCCUUAGAUGUAAUUUAUUCCAUUGUGAAAGUAGCAAAAUUAUAUAUGAUAAACUCAAUAAUUAUUUGGAAAAUGUUCCUUAGAU